AUGGACGAUGUAGUCGAGAUAGUGGAGCCUCCCGUCUCAGGCGCACACCCCUUUCGCUUCAUCAGAUCCAUCGCUGGCCGCAAUGACGCUCUGUUUGACUACGACGGUGUGCUUGUGCAGGCAGUCUAUUUCUACUCCAUCCUCCUGGUACACAAGUCCAUCGCAGAAAGCCAGAUACGCCAGACCCCUCACGGAUGUAGUAUACAUGUAGUACAAGAACACGGUGAAGACAAACCAGACACCUCUUUGGUGAAGCAGGCGGUGGAGAAGAUGUUGACUGUCAAAGGGAUCGCUCAAGCGCACGUGAUAGUGACUGUGGUCGAAGGCAUACCCAACACCCCGAGACACACAAGGUGCAGCGUUUCAUUCCGUUACCGAAAGGUUCGCGAGGAAAGGAAGCGAAUUAACGCGUUGGGUGUGUGAGGCUGUAGGGAGUGAUUGUACCACCAAUCAUACCAGGUGCAUUGAUGGAACCACCGGCUAUAGAUGAGGGGG